AUGUAUUUGAACUUGUGCUUUCUACUUGGUGGGUUGAUAUUCGCUGGUCAGGCUAUAGGGGGUCGUAUCAAUGAAUCGAAUCCUCCCCGAGGUACAAUAAUGGUAGAACCUGGAAAAGGAACCUUGAGCGCGGCACUUGCUAAAUUGAAAAACAGGUCUGGACCUCAGGCUAUCUUAUUGAAGGCCGAAAUCUGUUCAGGCGACUAUUAUGAUAAUGCUGUCUUGGAGGGUUUUAAUGGUGGUGUAGUAAUACAGGGAGCACGUGGAAAUUCAAAGGGCUAUCAGUUUAACCGUGUUAAAAUUAUUUCCUCAAAGAAAGGAUUGGAUGAGGCUUCAGCUUUAAGAGUUAUGACGAAUAAUGUUGAAGUCUACAGCAUUACUUUCAUCAAUAACUUUGGUACCGGUCAGGACACUCAAGCUGUGGCCUUGACAGCGGAUGGAAACAACCACAGAGGCAAGGUGACUCAAAUGUUCCAAACAGUUUACGGACAAUGCAGCUUCCAAGGGUAUCAAGAUACAUUAUAUGAUAAGUCUGGUACACACUUCUUUGAUGAGUGUGAGAUUCGAGGUGCAAUUGAUUUCAUCUUUGGUGCAGCUAGAAGCUUUUAUCUGAAUGCACACAUUGGGAUUGUGAAAUCAGUCGCAGGUGGAACACAAAUUGUUACUGCAAAUCGUGGAGGAAUCUUUGUCUUUCAGAGUCCCAACUUUGAUGAUAUAAAUGGGGCGCCUGCUCAAUCAACUUACUAUGGAAGAGCUUGGGGUGAAAACCCCAAGGUUGUAAUGCAACACGCUAAACCACCAGCUAGCUUAUCUAAAGAAGGUUGGAAUAUGACUCCAGCUGGUAAUUUCAAAUUUUCAUCUGCUGGUUUCCUAGAGUACCCAAAGUCUCAAACAACCAAUGGUCAUACAUCUCCAAAGGCCUACACAAAGCAAGAAAUCUUUGGUAAACCUUAA